GUGGAGCUGACCGGCAGCAGCAUCUUCGACUACGUCCAUCCUGGAGACCAUCUAGAAGUGGAGCUGACCGGCAGCAGCAUCUUCGACUACGUCCAUCCUGGAGACCAUCUAGAAGUGGCCGAUCAGCUGGGGCUGAAGGCUCCCCUGGGUCCCGGCCACCCCCACCGCCCCAAAGCCCCCCUCCUGGGCUCUUCUGCCUCGUCCGAGGGUCCUCAGAUCACCGACUACAUGGACUUAAGUCCCUCGGAACUCGUGGGGAAGAGCUGCUAUCGAUUCAUCCAUGGAGAAGACGUGGAAGGCAUCCAGCAGAGCCACCUCGACUCAAGCCAGAAUGCAAGAACGUCGCUCUGGAUGUUUUCCAGGUUCCUGGCAUCCCCGCCAGACAAACGGAAGCCCCCAGCGCAGGGUCGGACUUCAAAGAGAGUGACCGGGGGAAGCCCCCGUGCCCAGCUGCCAAACCCCCAGGGACCCUGGCCCAGUCCUACCCCAGGAGCGUGGCCGAAAUGGGGCGGCACUGCCACCUGGUGGAGAGCAAGCCCAGUGCUCCUGAAACGAAAUACCCCCCAGAAGAGGAAGCAUCGGAGGACGGUGCCGGCAGCGAUGCAGAGACCCCUCCGAGGAAGAGGAUCAAGCUGGAGUUCCCUCCGGAGAGCCCCCCAUCCAAGGGGAAGGAGCAGACUCCGCUGUCCAGCUCCGAGGACUCCGACAGCAGCAGCGAUUCAGAGCCGGAGAUGGUCCCCCAGCAGACGGGGGCCUUGGCCAGGAAGGUGAACGGCUGCAAGACCGGCGGACGGAAAACCAUGGUCCCCGCCCGUCCCUGCACGUCAGAGUUCACCUCCGUCAUCCAGACCCAAAAGGGCGCCUCCCUCAGAUCCAACCCGGCCCUCAGCAUCAAAUCGGAGCAGGUCCCCCAGGCCAAAGUGGGGCUCUGGACCUGUCCGGGGGCGAAGGGCAGCCCCGCGAACAAAUCCCUCCGCCUGGAGAAGCCCCUCGUGAGACAGGCGUCCUCCCAUUUGUACGUCUCCAUCCCCGACUCGGUGCUCACCCCGCCCGAGGUGGACAACGGCCUGGCCAAGGGGCCCUUCGGCGCCUCUCCCCGGGCGGCCCCGUCUUCCUCGGGGGACACGCUCUCGCCUCCGCUCUCGGGCUCCCCCUGCGAGGACCGGGGCAGCGCCACGCCUUUCACCCCGCUGAUCUACCCGACGGAGAUGGACGUCCUCCAGAGGUUCCACUCGAGCAACGUGGUCGUCCCUUUGAUGCAUCAGCUCGGCAAUCCGCACCCCGGCUCCCCGGCCGGCUCCCCGGGACUCUACGCCACGAGCACCAUUCGCUACGCCCCCGCGGACAUGACCCUGGCCAUGCCCAGCAACAUGCUGCCGCCUUCGCACCACCCGCUCAGCCUGAUGGACAUCAGCAGUGCCGAGGCCAAGACCUCUCGGGAGAUCAUGUACCACCACCUGCAGCGGCUCAACAUGGUGGCCCCGUUUGGGAACUCGGCUAGCUUGGCCCAGAUUUCCGGCGGGGCCUUUGCGGCCGCUGACUCUUUGUUUUCCACCCUGCCCUUCUCCGUGGCCAGUGGGGGGAUCCACAGCGGGUCAGCUCUGGAGCGCAAGGAGGAUUAA